AAUUUGAAUUGUCCGAAACCAGCCGAUACGUAGCCACAACGAUUAUCAGCUGACUUGCGCAAGUGAGAUUACGAUAGUAAACAAAUUAUAAUUGUCACAUUUUUAUUUAACUUCUCGAUAGUGCUGAAGGCGAAUAAAACGAAAAUAAGGGUGAAAAUACCGGCAAAACAAGACCACGUGACUCCGGCAUGGUGGCCGUUGUGGUGGGGUUUGACCAGUGACAGGAGCAGCUCCACGGGAAAAUGAUCUUUAUGGACCGAGCGUGCAAGACUGAAAAUCCGAAUUUCCAGUCUGUCACGGCUAGCAGUGCAGCAGGACGGUAGUGUGUGUUGUUUACGAGUUGAGUGUCACGUAUCUCGCUAUCCGACAGAUGAGAUUUAAAAAAGACAUUUUCAUUUCGCAAAUGAACCCUUACUUUAUACCAGUUCGAAAAUAUUCCCUUUAUUUGCUGUAAUCCGAUGUCCGAAGUCCAUAGAUGUAAAAUUUCGCGUUAACAAUAUGUAGAGGCUAUUUUUGAUAGCGAACGUUUUCGAAUAUCGUCUUCGUUUUAACGAAUUAAAUUCAAUAGACGAGAGAUAUAAUAAAAAACUAAAUUAGAUAGUGUUGUGAUAAUAGGAGACAUGAACCAGAGAGAUACCAUCAUUCAUCUAGUCGCUGGAGGAGUGGCGGGUACAGUAGGUGCCAUCGUGACUUGUCCAUUAGAAGUAGUCAAAACUCGCCAACAGUCUUCAAGGGGCAGCGGUUUCAAAUCGACCCCAGGAAGCGAUGCACCUCCACAGUCAAGGAACGUUAAACCCUCAUCGACUCCUGGUAAGCGUAGGUUAUGGACAUCUACAAGCUAUGGCCGGCCUCAAGUUGUGGCUCUUUCAGGUUUCACGGCGCCUCCGCCACCUCCACUGAGGCUGGGCAACGACAUGGGCAUCGCCCAGUGUAUCAGGCACAUUAUCAGAUAUGAAGGUCCAGUGGCCCUAUUUAAAGGUUUGGGCCCUAACUUGAUAGGAGUUGCCCCUUCUCGUGCCGUGUAUUUCUCCACCUAUUCCCAAGCCAAAAGGUUCUGGAAUAGCAUAUUACCACCAGAUUCUCCUAUAGUGCAUGUUUGUUCGGCGUCGUGCGCAGGCUUCAUGGCCAGCACGCUCACCAACCCCAUCUGGUUCGUGAAGACUCGACUGCAAUUGGACGUGAACAAGGAGAAUCCCAUGACCGCUCUGCAGUGUGUUAAGCAAAUUUAUGCCAAAUCGGGCUUGUUGGGUUUCUACAAAGGAAUCACCGCCUCCUACAUGGGCAUCUCCGAAACCAUCAUCCACUUCGUGAUAUACGAGGCGAUCAAAGCGGAACUGAUCGCCUCUCACGAGCACUUCAACGACGAACGCACCUCCAAGGACUUCGUCGAAUUCAUGAUCGCCGGUGCCAUCUCCAAAACGGUCGCCUCUUGCAUCGCCUACCCCCACGAGGUGUGCAGGACCAGGUUGAGGGAGGAGGGCAACAAAUACAACAGCUUUUUUCAAACGCUGAGCCUGGUGUUCAAGGAGGAAGGCCUGAGGGGCCUGUACAGGGGACUCAAAACUCAGCUGGUGAGGCAGAUUCCCAAUACGGCCAUCAUGAUGUCUACUUACGAGGCUGUGGUGUACAUACUGACGUCUAGGUUUAAUACGGAGUUUUACCAAAAAGAGGAGAACUGAGCCGACCCUGGGCCGUUCAAAACGGCUUUCGGGGAAGUCUAGUCAGAUAUAAGAAGCUUGAAUUUUUAAUUUUUGGUACGUGAGAUGGGGUCCCUGGUGUGUAGAUAAAUUUGGAAUUAAAUUGUCGGUGGAUUUAUGAAAAUAUAUCUUAUGGAUGAUUUUCACUAGAUUCUUAGAGUUUUUUGUUAUUUUGUUGAUUUUUUGAAUGAUUCUGAUAGGCCGGAAAGUCCAUUGAAUAAUAAUAUUAAAGGUGAGUUUAUAUG